AUGAAGAACAUGAUGCAUACUUCUGUCGGGGAAGUUUCUAAGGCGUGGCACGACAUUCUCACCAUGAUCCGCCAUGAUUUCCCGUACUUCAACCGCACCAACGGCCGAGAUCACUUCAGCACGAGCACGUUCGAUCAGGGCCGUUGCCACGCGCUGACGUGGGUCAGCCCGGACCUGUACGGCGAGAUGUUCUUCGUGAUGCUCAACGGGGACCGCCUCGCACGCACCAUCCACGCGUCUGUCGAGCGGAACCUGCAGAUCAUAGGCUACAACUACAACUCGCCAGUGCAGCCGCAGUUUCCCGACAUUCCAUGCUACAUGCCCGACCGUGACAUUGUCGUGCCCGCCUUCAUUGGCGACCAGAUGCCCAUAGUGUCGCCCUUCACUGGCAAUCGCCCCAUCCAAGCUAUCUUCCGCUUCUCAGCCCAGCAGGGCCACAGGGCGCCCCUCAUGCACCACGGCCACGACUUACGGCCUGAGCUGCUCAGUAUGUACCAGAAGCAGCGCAUCAAGGGGUGGAGCUUGGCAGCCAAGGGGGAGAAUCAGACGAACAAGGAGCAUCCCCUUUGGAGUCGACUCAAAGAUGUACCAGAAGCAGCGCAUCCAGGGGUGGAGCUUCGCAGCCAAGGGGGAGAAUCAGACGAACAAGGAGUGGCAGUACAGCGUCUUCUGCAUCUGCCCGUCAGGCCACUCCCAGUGGACCAGCCGCCCCUUCAAGCUUCCCAAUCUCUCAAGGGGGAGAACGCGACCAAUAAGGAGUGGCAGCUGGGUGUCUUCUGCAUCUGCCCGCCGGGUCACUCCUGGUGGACCAGCAGCCCCUUCAAGGCGCUCAUCUCAGGGUGCAUCCCAGUAACGUUUUUCCGAGACCACGACAACCCCUGGGGCGAUGAGGUGGACUAUUCAGCCUUCUCCAUCAACAUCGAUCCGGACGACAUUGCUUCGCUGCGCUACCGCCUCGAGACCGCCCCGGUGGAGCAAUUGCAACGCGGCGUGGAGAAGAUGCAGUACAUGUUCAAGUGGUCGCGGACACACACAUGGGGAGCGGAGUAUGAGCUUUUAAAGAGGCUAAGACAGCGAGGCAAGCAACUCUCCUCCACCGCUCUCUUCCUAUAG